CGAAACGUCACACGUGUAAGGCGCGGCAUAGGGGGAAGAAGCGGAGUCGAUGCUUAUAAAGUCUAGCUACGUUGUCCUAUUCAGUCACCUGUGUGCUAUUACACUUAACUGCUCGAGAACAGAGCAUACGGGAGGACAAAAUACGAAUUAUCGCUACAUCGGAAGGACUGACGCCGGAAGAUACACAUAUCUACCGUCGCUAGAGAAGCAGGCUCACAGUCAAAUUCUCAACUUGUGGAUUGAUGUAGUCAGUAGCAACAAUAUAGCGUAAUGAAAACGGCCCUCCUUUGUUCUGGGUAACCUCAGAGAAUAAUAUCAACGUAUACGCUGAUUUGGAAUGUAAAUUCUAGGCUAUACUAGACUGGAGGCCUGCAGCAUCCUCCUUUAAAACUGGAGCGUCCUCAGUGCUGGUAGAUUCUCCUCCGAACGCACACACCCCUAGUGAAUUUGACCAGAUGGUGGAUACUACAGCGUCCAUGUAGACAGCAAACCAAAGGAUAGUGUUUUUAUUGCCCUUCUGUUACUUUAAACCUUGACUUUUCAGUUUUUCUUCACUUUUGAACGAGUAGUUCUGUUUAGCACUCGCAAUGGGUACAGGUGUCAUGGAGGCAGCGGACAUAGCUGUGGUGGCUCUGUACUUCAUCCUGGUGCUGGGCAUCGGGUUCUUCGCCAUGUGGAAGGCCAACCGCAGCACAGUGAGUGGAUACUUCCUGGCGGGACGCUCCAUGACAUGGAUGGUGAUCGGAGCGUCGCUGUUUGUCAGUAACAUUGGCAGUGAACACUUCAUAGGCCUGGCGGGGUCGGGAGCAGCCAGUGGCUUUGCUGUGGGAGCAUGGGAGUUUAACGCUCUUCUCCUGCUGCAGCUGCUGGGCUGGGUGUUCAUACCUGUGUAUAUCCACUCUGGGGUGUACACCAUGCCGGAGUACCUCUCCAAACGCUACGGAGGCAAUAGACUAAAGGUGUACUUUGCUGCCCUUUCUGUGCUGCUCUAUAUCUUCACCAAGAUCUCUGUGGACUUGUAUGCCGGGGCGCUUUUCAUCCAGGAGUCGUUGGGCUGGAACCUCUAUCUGUCCAUCAUCCUGCUCAUCAGUAUGACCGCAGUGCUUACAGUCACUGGUGGCCUGGUCGCAGUCAUGUACACGGACACCCUCCAGGCCAUGCUGAUGAUCGGUGGAGCUCUCAGCCUGACCAUCAUCAGCCUGAUCAAGGUCGGCGGUCUUGAAGGGGUUCGGACCAAGUACAUGCUAGCUGUCCCAAAUGUAACAGCUAUCCUGGCCAGUGGGAACUUCACCUACUCGGCUUCCUGCCGCAUUGAGCCCAAGCCAGAUUCCCUGCGGCUCCUCCGGGGCCCGCUGGAUGAGGAUAUCCCCUGGCCUGGCUUCCUUCUGGGCCAAACCCCAGCCUCCAUCUGGUACUGGUGUGCCGACCAGGUCAUCGUCCAGAGGGUGCUGGCUGCUAAGAACAUUGCCCAUGCCAAGGGCUCUACGCUGAUGGCUGGCUUCCUGAAGGUCCUGCCCAUGUUCAUUAUCGUCAUCCCCGGGAUGAUCUCCCGGAUCCUGUUUGCGGAUGAGAUUGCCUGCAUCGGGCCAGAGCACUGCCUGGCUGUUUGCGGCUCUAAAGCGGGUUGCUCCAAUAUCGCGUAUCCGCGGCUGGUCAUGUCAGUGAUGCCCGUGGGACUGCGAGGGCUGAUGAUGGCUGUGAUGAUUGCAGCUCUCAUGAGUGAUCUGGACUCCAUCUUUAACAGUGCUAGCACCAUCUUCACCCUGGACAUCUACCAGAGCGCAAGGCGUAGUGCAUCCCAGAAAGAGCUACUGUUGGUGGGCCGGCUGUUCAUGGUGGUCAUCAGUAUCGCCUGGAUCCCUGUCAUCAUCGAGAUGCAGGGUGGCCAGAUGUAUCUCUACAUACAGGAAGUGGCUGGAUACCUCACCCCGCCCAUCGCCGCCCUCUUCAUGCUGGGCGUGUUCUGGAAGCGUUGCAAUGAAAGAGGUGCAUUCUGGGGCGGUAUGACCGGAUUCGUGCUGGGUACCACCCGGUUGAUUCUGGCGUUUAUUUAUCGCGAGCCUCCCUGUGACCGGCCAGACGACAGGCCUUUCUUCAUCACACAUGUCCACUACAUGUAUGUGGCUGCUGGGCUGUUCUGGGUAUCUGGACUGGUGGCUGUGGUCGUCAGUCUCUGCACCCCUCCUCCGGAUGAGGAGCAGAUUCGCACCACCACAUUAUGGGGCCUGCGUAACAUUGGAAAGCUUCCCCCCAAAGACCGUGAGGAGAUGUACAAGCUGACAGAUAAGAGCCCUGUGCAGUUGAAUGGGAAUGGAGACCUCUAUAAGGAUCUGCCCCCAGACAUCUGUAGAGCUAGGUGUCUAGAGGGGGAGGACGUCACGUUGCUAACGCCGCCUAAUGACCAUGACCCCGCGACCCCCAGCUCCGAGACAACCCCAGGAACGACUCCAGCAACGCCCGCCAACCAGUUUGAUAAUAGUCACGCAGGGCUCAUGCAUGCAGAGGAAGGUUGUUGUGGGGAGGGUGGGAGGGGCAUGCGUCUGUUGGAGUGGUUCUGUGGGUUUAAAGAAGCAGCAUACAAUGCCCAUCCCAAAAGGACAGAAGAGGACGAGAGAGCCAUCAUAGAGAUGUUGUAUGAGCCACCCAGAACCAAACUGCUGCUCAACAGUGGGCUGUUUCUGGUCUGCUCGUUGGGAAUAUUCCUGUUUGUCUACUUCUCUCUAUAGACUGGACCAAAUUAGGGGUUGUUGGAUUGUUUCAAAGGCACAGUUAGAAAAUUGUAACACUUGAUGUGAAUCUGAAGAAUUUACAGUGCAUCUUCUGAAAAAUGAUUCACUAAGCUUUUUGAAGUCAUUCUUUCGAAAUGAUUGAAGCUUCUCCCCCUUGUUACAUUAAAAUAAUCAAACUCCAAAGCACAUUGUGGUCUCCUAAUAGUGCUCUUCAGAUGUGCCAUAUACUUAUAUGCUACUGUAUGACUACUAGAUGCUUAUCAGCAUAUGUGAAUAAGACGAAGUAUGAAUUCCUUGUUUAUUAGAGAUUUAUUAAUCUGCUUCUGUGUUAUUCCAAAACCCUUUGUGAUUUAAAAAAAAAAAAAAUUUAUAGGGCAAUUUUAAGAAACC